GCUUAUUAGACUCCCGCCAUUAACGCGUUCAUGCCAUUCUGUUCAAAGGACAGUAUAUAUGUAUAUAUAUAUUAUAUAUAUAGCCAUAGAGGGAAAGAGCCCAAAAAAUGAACAUACAUAUAAAUAUAUUUAGAUACACAUCUAUUAUAUGUGUAUGUGCAUUAAUUAGUGUUGAAAAGAAAAAAAGAAACGGUUUCGUCUCUCGGCAAUUUCUGCGAGUCUGUGAGCAUUGCAUGAACAAACCCUAAAUAGAAGUAGAAAGAAUUAAAUGAAGUGAUCGUGGCAUUGGCCAAGAAGGAAAUCACGUAAUUUUUUUAUAUAGUUCAAUAGAUUAAAUGAAAGGGAAGGGAAAGUUCUCCAAGCGGAAGCUAGGGUUACCCGCUGCCCUCUUAUUCUGUUCUGUUUUCUUUGUUGCUGGUUUUUUUGGAUCCACUCUAAUUUUCCAGGAUGCGCCUAGUGUUAGACCAAGGUUGAGGAUGCUUGAAGUGGUGGAGGAAAAGAAGCGUGUUCCGAUGGCACACGGUGAGACUGGGGAAGAGUUUAUUGAAUCCAUUCCGUUUCAGGUCUUAAGUUGGAGACCAAGAGCUCUUUACUUCCCACAGUUUGCAACUGCCCAACAAUGUGAAAGGAUAAUUGAAAUGGCAAAGGUGAACCUUAAACCUUCGGCCCUGGCUUUGCGGAAGGGAGAAACUGUUGAGAAUACCAAGGGCACUAGAACAAGUUCAGGAACAUUUAUUAGUGCAUCAGAAGAUGAAACUGGUGUCUUGGAUGCUGUUGAACGAAAAAUUGCAAGGGCCACAAUGGUUCCUCAUACCCAUGGAGAGUCAUUCAACAUUUUGCGAUACGAGCUUGGGCAGAAGUAUGAUUCUCAUUAUGAUGUAUUCAAUCCAGCUGAAUAUGGUCCACAAUCAAGUCAAAGGAUUGCUUCAUUCUUGCUGUACUUAUCUGAUGUAGAAGAUGGUGGAGAAACCAUGUUCCCCUUUGAAAAUGGCUCCAAUAUAGGUACUGGCUAUGAUUAUAAGCAGUGCAUUGGCUUAAAAGUGAAGCCACGAAGAGGGGAUGGACUUUUGUUUUAUUCAGUGUUUCCAAAUGGCACAAUAGAUAAGACAUCACUUCAUGGUAGCUGUGCAGUUUUGAAAGGAGAGAAAUGGGUAGCCACAAAAUGGAUCCGAGACCAAGACCAAGAUCUAGAAGAGUAAAUGCUUUCUAUUUUUUUUUUUUUUUACCUCUACCGCUAAUUUUGCUAGUCACAGGAGUUUCUGUACAAGGAGCCAAUGAUUCUUUCAAAGCUUCUUUUUCUGUCAUUUCUUUUUCCUCUUUUGAAAAUCUCAUCUAAUGGGGAUUGUAGUACAACGACUCUUGCUUGUAAGUUACCUACGACAAAUCUAUUGGAGCAUGUAAAUAUCGGAAAAAAUACAUUCGUAUUAUUUAGCUUUAGACUUCCAGUUUAUGUUUUUCAGAAUGUACCUGGUUUAGGGAUAACAACGGAUUUGGUUUUGUGAAUCAACACUUUACCUGAAUUCUAAUUUGAUAUACUGGAAUCUGGUUCAAAUCUCAUCGCCCCAGCUUGCCGGCUGGGUUGAAGGCCAACGUCUUGGGCAGUGAGAAGAGUGGGGCUGUGGUGCCGGCGUUGCCUGGGCCUCCACUGUCCCUAUGUUGGCUUCUGACGGGUGCCUAUCCAGAAUAACAGCCAGUGUUUCUCUUGUUGCGGCUCCUCCAAACCAAGCUCAAAUGCUUCGAACGAUGAUCCCGUCCAUAACAGUGGAGAAUUGGCCGAGGCCCUUCACACACUUCUAUUAUGGUUCCCUCAUCGGCCUCUGGCGUCAAAAUGGUUGUUUUGUUUGCCGUACUGACCUCCGCCUUCCUCUUCUCUCGCUCUUCUCCUCUUUGUCUCUUCUCUUUUGCCUCAGUGUCUUCUGUCUCAAUUUAUCCGCUUGCCUCACCGCUCACUUGCCUCUGCUCGAACUUGAUUGCAGGUCUGUCGCGGUUGCGGGUGAUCCUCGAUGCUUCUGAUUCAAGCACGCAAGGGUAUUUCCUUAUUGGUUUCCUCAUCAAGAAUUUAAAAUUUAAUUUUAAAAAAUAAACAUGUAUGUCAUAUAUAAUCACGUGAAUAUAUAUUAUGAAAAUGCCAUUACCCAUUUUGUGUAUAAUUUCAGCCAAUGUUUAACGAUAAAUAGGAUUAACGGGGAACUAAAAAAUUAUAAAAUGACAUGAUUAAAAUUUUUUUGACAUGUCUAUAUAAGGUCAGGUAGGGAAGAGAAUGAGUGAGUGUGAAAGAAAGUGAGAAGCAGAGAGAGAAAGCGUAAGAAACAAGACAUUCAAAGAGAGAGAGAGAGAGAGAGAGAGAGAGAGAAGAAGAAGAAGAAGAAGAAGAGAGCGAGGAUGGAAGGCGCAUGGAAUAUCGGCUACCAUUUUACACCGUCGGAUGAAGAACUGCUUCAGAUUCUUGCGAUAAAGCUGAGAGGAGGGUACGAAAUCUUGGGAGGCCAUGCAAUGAAGGAGAUUGAUGUGUACCAGAAGGAGCCAUGGCUGGUUUUCGACAAGGACGAGUCAGAACCCUUCUAUGUAUUCACAAGCUUAAAGAAGAAAAGCAGCAGCAGGUCACGGAUGGAUAGAAAGGUUGGCUCCGGAACCUGGAGGAUGGAGCGGUCGAUCGACGUCGUCGACCAAGGCGACAAGGUUGUUGGGUAUAAGAAGAUGCUAACUUUUGAGGAGGAGAAGAAGAAGAAGAAGAACAUCGAGAAUGGUAGGUGGAUCAUGCACGAUUUUUCUCUGCGGGACGUAAGUACUCAAAACUCUCUCUCUCUUCUUUCGUUCUUUCAUUUCUUGAAUCUUGUUUUUUCUUUCUGUAACUGGGUGUUGGGAUUUGACGGUAUAUUCUCUAACGUUUGUUGGUUUGAAAUAGUGCUUCCUUCUAAUGGUGUCAGUGGCCACAAACUACAGGAGAUUACCCUAGCACUCGAACUCCAAGGUUCUUUACCUUACAGAAAGGAAGAUUAUAUAGGCGGGAUUAGGGAUUUGUUUAACGCCUAAUAGCGGUGACCCAUUUUCCAAGAUUGCUUCCCUGGCUUAUCUUCUUGGAAAAGGGACUGCGGGGGGGCUGGACCAUACACCUAUGGAACUCUAACUUAUGGCCUACCUGAAAA